UUCGGAACAACGGCUCAAGGCUCAUCUCAGUCCCAAACAACGUCGUCUUCCACGACCUCAUGCCCUGGCGUCAUGGCUCCUCUUGGUUCAGCUACUGCCACAGCUGGAAUGCGCAGCCGUCGUAUCGGCAGCGGUGGUGGCUCUGGUGCCGGAAACAACAUACUCAGGUUCUACACCAACGACGCUCCUGGCUUGAAGAUCUCCCCCACCGUCAUGCUCGUCAUGAGCCUCUGCUUCAUCGGCUUCGUCACUGCCCUCCACGUCUUCAGCAAGCUCUACCUCCACCGAUCCAUCGGCGAAGCUUAA